AUAGGAACUGAACAUUUUGGGUUAAAUUGAGCGUCAGCUGUAUCUUCCGCUCCUGCUGACAUCGCAUUCAAUAUGCCUCGCCUUAGUGCAACCAGCUCGAUGCCGUUCGGAUCGUCUUCGAUCGUGCCUUUMGUUGCGAGUCCCCAGGGAACAUCAUUGUAUGGACAAACGAAUAACAAUGAUUGUGAAACCGCCUUUUGCUCCUCGUCAUCCUCCGUUAGGUUGUCUUGUUCGAGUCCAGGUGGAAGGUCUGUUCAUUCACUCUCUGUGUCGUCCUCGGGCGAUUGCUACAUCGAGACCCACGCACUCCCACUUGCAGGGACAGUAGAGUCCGAGGUCGGCCACGAUCUCCACGAUCGAAACAAGAAGAACGCAUGCAUUAUCCGCACACGACUGUCCGAGAGAGUCUCUUCCGCACUCUCUCGAUAUCCUCCGAUAGAGCUGCUUUGCGUCGAUGCGCUUUCUCCUUCUUCGAAUUCUUCGUCGGCACCUUCCGAACUGGGCAACAGAAACGCAAGAGCGCUGGUCUAUCUGCCAUUGCUCUGUUUGUACACAAAGAAGGAUGUCUUCCACAUAAAGAUUUCCUACGAGGCCACCGGAGCCACGGAGGUAGAGGGGGUGGCAUCCGAUGUUUUCGAACCAUUUGAAGAUUUUCUUAUUGGAAACGGGGCCACCAACGUUUUACGGAUCCGACAGGCACCGCAAAAAUUCAAUGGUUACGCGACUCUUUGCCCCGCGGGAGCGAUGGCAAUGCUGACACAAAAUCCCUCGACCGGGGAAUAUUGUCUCUGCGCCUAUCAUGGUAACGGAGGAUCGUCGUCAUCGAUGGCACCGAAAGGCAACGCGGCGUUCACUUCUCAUUACUUCCGAAUGGAAGAGCUGGCAGAUCCCAACGAAAAAGUGGUUGACUUUUGUUUCUGCCAAUCGACUGGAUUGCCUCUGUUGUCAUCUCUCACGGUGGCCUUUAUGAAGUUAUCGGGUGAAGUACUCUUUGCGACGCCCAUUGUUUUCCGUGGCACCAUUGUCCCAAGCCAAACCGUGACCAAAACCUUGGAGUUCCUAGAGAGCUCACUCGAGGAAUGUACCCCCAGCACUGCAACAUGGAGGCAAUUUCGCGCAGCGAAACGUUUCCUCGACGACGCCUUUCCCCGGCACGGAAGAGCCAAUUUUGUCACCCUCGGUCAGGUCGCGACUGCGAAUGGCAGCAAACGAUCAAAACCACCAUCGGAGGUCUUCAAUUGGCCGGUCCAACUGCAGGGUCCGAUCUUGUUGCCACCAGAGCUCGAAGAGUACGCUUUCGAAGGUUCGGCAGCGAAAAUUGAGCCCUUCGCMACAGAAGGCGACCUUGUCGGGUUCAGCAUAGGGUACACCGAAGGAAUGGUAGACUUUGCCGUUGUGUCACCUUCGUCGUUCGUCCCUCGAUUUAAAUUUGAGAGCCCAAACGAUUCUUACGAUCUGGAUCAAGAAUUGACAAUCGGUCAAACAGUCAAUCGUGUUGAUUUGGCCUCGAGUUCCUACGGUGGUGAGAACGACACGAUCAAGGACAUCCAAUUGAUCCCUGAUCCUAUAAUGGACGAUAUGAUUCAUUACAUGACGCCAAAUCAAAUCAUCAGUAUUUCUACAAAUACUACCAGAAUUGCAUCGAAAAAGGCGCGUGAACAUGGAUCGCACGGAGGCAAUAGAGGCAUGUUUUCUCCUCCAUCGAGAAGAAGUGAGUCCCGACCGAAGACAACAGCUUGGAAUUCUUUGGAUGCAAAUUUCAUCAAAGGCGGACAAAAUCCGAUAGUAGGAGCUGUGAUCAGUGAUGACGUUCAACUCGGGCAUGUCUUGGUAGUCCGUCUUUUCGAUGGAGAAAUGAUGGCGAUCAACCUGACAGAAACACGGCAUCUUUGUGAUUUGGAGAACUUCGCAGCAGCACCCGAGAAAGUCCUGGCCAUAGAAGAUGGUUCCACUGCUGCCAUGUCAGACGCAGAACAGCAAGCACUGGCUGUUCUUGAGCAGACACGACCACUGACUGAUGUCGUGCAACCACUCGUCAAAGAUGUUAUCAAGGGAGUCACGGCGCUGGCACAAGUUGGUGGAAGUGCCACUGCACAAUCAGAUGUUACCCCCGCUGUUCUUGCUGCUGUUGUUGGUAUCGAAAGCAAGUGUAAAAAAGAUAUAUAUCUCCCGCUGAUGACCAUGAACGAGCAUGUAUCUGCUCGGAAAGCCCAAUUCAAAGUAGUAAUCGCGAAACAAAAACUGCAGCUCCAUGCGCUCAAAGAAAUGGUUGCCAACCUUCGAGAAAGACAGACUAUCGUAAGAGAGAAGACAGACAUUAUGCUCCAAAAUUCGAAAUGUCUAGUGGAUCGUAGUGCAUCGGUGUUGCAGUCAUCGAAAGACCUUCUCCCUACCAUUACACAAGCAGAAUUCGACUACUUUCAAGAAAUCAAACGAUUAGACGAGAAGUCGGCAAUGUGGAAAAACGAAGCCGAGAGACUUUCGAGGAAGAUCACAAGCCUGCACGAUUCGACCGACGAUGCUACAACGUAUCUACUAAACCUUUCCCCCGAGGAUCAGCAAAAUGCGGGACAACUUUUGAAUGUGUGUGCUGUGCUACUCAAGCGAUACGAGGACAAGUUGGCCAUGGAUGAAGAAAAAUUAGAGGAGUGCGCACAGGAUGCUGGCAUUUUGCAGGAUGCGUAACCAUAGAACGGUCCAAGUAUUUUUUCGAUCGGUUGAAAGCGAUGAUUCCAGAGCGUGCCGACGAUAGAUAUGAUGAGACUCUGAUAGGGAUCAAUGGGCAAUUUUUAGAAUUCA